AUGGAGGAGGUCAAGAAGGAGAAGGAUGCAGUCAAGGAGGAGGAGUUGCCUGCCAAGUUGAAGCAAGAGGCUACAUCGGGGGCCGGCAGUAAAGUGCAGCACUGCAUCAAAGACGAAGCCCCAAAGGACAAUCAGAAGGACAUCAAAGGCGAGGUGAAUUCAGAAGUGCCUAAGCAGGCGAAGCAGCAGGUGAAGAAGGAGGUGAAAGAAGAGGGAUCAGGAACGGUUAAGCGGGAGAUCAAAAAAGAAAUAAAGCUGGAGGUGAAGACGGAGGCGGACUUGCAUGGCUCCAGCGUAAUGACCCUGCACUCGACUGGAGUGAAGCGAGAGAACCCUGGAUCUGAAAGGCUCUGCGUGAAGCCGGAAGUCUCCACGUGUUCUCCAGGCCAGGGUCGGCCGAAACGACGACGCAUGAGCCAGAAGGGGCCGGACUUGUCAGUUCCGUCUUUUGAGUCGCAGCUGCCAGUGUGGGCGGAGAAAUGCCUAGCAUUUCAGAUCUCUGGCAAAACGUGGCUCCCAACCAAGCCCUGCUGCCCGGCAAGCUUGUUUGUCGGUCUCGGGAAGGCUCCAUGGCAAGAGAGCGAGGAGGUGCACCCAAAGCCAUGCGCGCAGCGUCUAGGCAAAGCUCAGCUCCGUGAGUUCCGAGCCUUCUUCCGCGAGCAGCCGCACCAUGCGCUCCUCAAGAGCAUUGCUGGUCCACUAGAGAAGGCCUCCAGGCCUAAACCUCUGAGCUCAAAGCCGCCUCUCGGAAGGCCGGCUGGUGGCUCGAGAUGGGAGUGUUACAAGAUGUGGCCCUGGAUGCGUGACCUUCCCACACGGCUGUGGAUGGGCAAUGGCUGGAUCAUGGAAGAGGACGGCAUGCGCAAGCUGGAGCCCUCCGAGCCCGGGGGCGCCAUGCCAGGCGUCCAGAUCUUCGAGUCCGUAGGCACCGCCGUGGACGAGUCCCAGAAAGAUGGAUCUGAGGUGCACGCAGCCGAGCAAGGCCAGGCCACCACCAAGUUCCGGGGCCUGGAACGCCAGAGCGGUGUUCCAAACAUCCAUUGGCACCGGGAGAUGCUAGUAUGGCAUCUGCAGUGGCUGGAGUCGGGUAAGAAGAAGAAGAUCGGGUUCUCGAUCCGCAAAUUCCUAGAGCAAAGCCUCAGUGAGGACGAGUCCGUGGAGGCUGCGCUGCGCGAAGCCAAAGCCCACCGUGAGGAGCUGGUGCGGAAGGGCGUCCUCGAGCCACCGAAGGCCUUAAACUCAGAGCAGGGCAAGUGCUCCACGGUGGUUGGAGUAAGUUUUCACAAUCAAAGAAAGAAGUGGCAGGUGAGGUUGCCUGAUGCUGGCAAGAAGAAGACAGCUUGGGGCGGUUACUUCAGCAGCCAGGAGGAGGCCGAGCUCAAGGCCAGGGAACUCGCCAAGGAGCUGGGCAUCAAGGACAUCGAGCACAAGGUGGUCCCGGUGAAGCAUCUCUCGGAGCUGAAGCAGUUCGAGCCGCUGGGCCCCCAGCCAGGAGUCAAGUGGAACCUCGGCGAGCAGUGCUGGCAUGCCAGGUGCGGUGUGGCUGGCAAAUCGCGGCACAUGCGGUGCAGGCCCAAGGACUUCUCGGAGAAGGAGGUGGAGAAAGCCUGGAAGCAGGCAGUGGCCUGGCGCAAGCAGCAGGAGAAGGAGCGGGAGCAGGCUAAGAAGCGCUGA